AUGGUGCAAGAACUACAAAGAAAACUGAUAGAACAGGAAAAGAAGCUGAAAAUGAUAGAACAUAAAAAGAUGGUUGAGAAAGAAAAGGAAGAUAAAGAACAAAAAAAUACAAUCAAAGAUCGUGAGAAGCAGGAAGAACCUGAAAAGGAUGAGGAUGAGGAUGAGGAUGAGGUAAGAGUGCCUGAAGAGCAGGAAGAACUUGAGAGGAAAGAUGAAGCAGAUGGAACAAACACGGAAACAGUUGUCGUGUUAGAAAAUGAAAAAAAGAAAGAUGGACAAGAACCUGGAGAGGAACCUCAAAAAUCAAAGGGGAAAUCUAAGAAAACAGUACCAAACAGAAAAAGAACAAGAGGUCAAAUGUUGAAGGAAAAAGAGGUGAAGCAAGAAUUGGAUGAUGCACACAGGAAGAAGAACCUGUUUCCUGCUGAAAAGUUCAAGAAGUUGAAGUACGAAUUGCUCCAAUUGCUAAGAAGGGGAGAGGAGAUAGGUGACAAAAGAAAACAGUUAGCAGUUCAGUCUGAUUAUGAAGAUGAAGAAGGUGAAUAA